AGAACCGAGUGUUGGUUGAUAAAUGCUAAUCGUAUUCCAACUGAAAUGGAUAAUGAAGAAUUAUACAAGAAGGAUAUUAUUCAUAUAAUCAACAUAAUUCAUCAGGAUCUUGUCGGAGAUGGUAAAUUAUUUUUAUAUUAUUUACCAGAUUCCGACUGGAAUAAAAUAUUCUUCAAAAUGAUUGACAAAUAUCCAGGUAUUAGAGAUCGGUUUAACCGUUUCAAUACAAAAUCCGGCCAAACAAAAGAUCCGUUGAUGGUAUAUUUGAUAAGCAAAGUCCGCAACAACAAAUCUACAAUCAACCAACGUGAAAAACGACAACGAAAUAGACUUACCACGACUAUCGAAGUAGCAAAAUCGAAUGAAGAAUUAAAAAAAAAUUAAAAAUCAUCUAUUUUAAUAUAAUGCCUAUGAUAAAU